AAUAAGAAUUAGAAAUGAUAAGAAACAGCUGCCUCAAAAAUCUAGGGACUCUAUCUCUUCCAACCUCACACCACACACGCAUAUAUAAUAAACUUUUUCUCUAAAGCUUCUUCACUUAUAUUACCUCACAGAAAGACAAGAAGAAGAGAAAAUCGAUCAGGUGAAAAUGCGGAUGAGCUGUAAUGGAUGCAGGGUGCUGAGGAAAGGGUGUAGCGAGAAUUGCAGCAUAAGGCCAUGUCUUCAGUGGAUAAAGAGCCCAGAGUCACAAGCCAAUGCCACCGUCUUCCUCGCCAAGUUCUACGGCCGCGCCGGCCUCAUGAACCUCGUUAACGCUGGCCCCGAACACCUUCGUCCAGCCAUUUUUCGGUCCUUGCUGUACGAGGCAUGCGGGAGGAUAGUCAACCCAAUCUACGGUUCCGUGGGCCUAUUGUGGUCGGGUAGCUGGCAGCUCUGCCAGGCGGCUGUUGAAGCCGUCUUGAAAGGCGCGCCAAUCACUCCCAUCACCUCCGAAGCUGCCGCCAACGGCCGGGGCCCACCACUUAAAGCAUACGACAUACGCCACGUCACCAAGGACGACUCUAACUCCGCCCUCUCCACUCACAACCCCAGCCACCCACUCAAGACUCGCUCACGCAAGCGAUCACACUCCCAGCCCAAGCCCAAGCCCAACGCUCAGAAAUUAACAACCACCGCCACUACAACUACCACCGCGUUGCUGAACGUUGACGAGGUCGUCAACCAUUCCGCCAGUCUGGAUCACGAGUCGUCGCUGAGUCACCAGUCCGAGUUGGCCACCGCCGCGGAAGGAGGAGGAGAGAGCAAAGAGAGAGAGAGCGAGAGCAUCGUGUCGGUCGAGACUACCGCUGAGGCUGCUUCGGUUCUUUUCCGUGACGAGCCGGAGUCCAACCGGAAGCCCGUUGAGCGAACCGAUGAGGACCGAACCGGGCUUGGUCUAGACCUUACGCUUGGGUUCGAACCGGUUUCUUCUUCGGCGCGUGCGGAUCACGUGGUUCCCGUUAAGAAGAGGAGGUUCGAUUUGAAGGAUUAUGGUGUUGGGUCGGGUGAGAUGGGGCUUGGGCUUGAAUGCCCGGCUUGAGUGGUGAUGGUCCGGGUCAGCUCAAUCAGUUUUGACUCAGUCAAUCGGCUUUUGUUUUGUUUUAGUUUUUUCCUUUAACCUUUUUUUAAUUAGUUUUUGUUUUUAAGGGGUUAUUGUUAACCCUUUCUUCUUGUGAAUGUGAGUGAUGUACAAACUACAAACAUGGAUGCUAAUGGUAUGUAGAGGAAAAUUUACAUCUUCAAAAAUGACAACCUUUAGUUGUCCAUAUAUGUUA